UUAUUAUUUACAAUCUAUUAUAAUCCCUCUAAAAUCUUUUACUGCUUUAACUGCAGUUCCCGCCCCUUUAAAACAAAAAUGAAACCAUUACUGCGGUUCGUCUGUAUCUUCCUGACUGUGGUGAGGUUUCACAGUGUAUUUGUGUCUCAAGUUUCAGGACUAACCCUGUAUCCUGUAGUUGUUUAUCUUUUUUUUUUAUGUACACAAGCUGAGUCAGCCUGGACUGACAGACUGCAACUGUGACGUGACGGAGAGGCGCCAAGGAAAGUCUGUUGAAGAAUGAUCCGUGGCCAUCAGGAAGUAAUGUGCAGCCAGGAAACAGAGUUCACUGGCUGUGCUCUGGCCAAACAGAAGAAAGUUAUCUACUUCACCAGUGGUGAAACUAUGGAGGAGGACAGCGAGGAGGAGAAGGAGGAGGAGGAGGACGAAGAGGGAGAGGAGGAGCACAAGUCAAACACACCUCCCUUUAGUGAACCAGCAGAGAAGACAAGGUUCUCCUUCAGGAAGCUGGCCUUUCUCGUCGGGAGGAUUUCACUGCUGACCUGUGAUUUUCUUGGAGAGAGACUCGCUAACGUAUUUGGACUGGACGCGGCCAAAUACCAAUAUGCAAUAGAUCAACACGAGCGUGACCGCAGGACACCAAAAAGUCAAGCUAAGGGUGACACGACGAAAGCGCGUGGAGAGAUGAUCCAGCUCUCUGAUCGAUUGGAGAAAGGUCAAUACGGAGCUACGGGGACGGCAAACCCUUGUGAGCCACAGGGGAGCUGUGAAGACGAGCCUACGUCCAGAAAAGAUGGCUACCACAACAGAGGUUAUCAAGCAGACGAGGAUAGCUUAAAAUAAACCAUGACCAGAAAAAAACAAAAAAAAAAAUUCUGAACUGUUUUCCGGAGAAAGAUCGAGAUAAUAUCGAAGUAUCACUUUGAUAAGUGUCUAUUUCAGGUAAGGACAGUAAAACUGUGAAGAACCACUCAAUUUGACGGCGGAGUCUUGUUGUUGUCCACAUGUUACCUAGCUUGUUUUUAUUAUCAUGCUAUUCCUAAUAAAUCUCUCUCAUCGA